UGAAUAAGAUCAAAUUAAAAUACAGAAAAAAUAAUAAUAAAUUUCAAAAAAUUGAAAAAUUCAGAAAAAAAAAAUUUCCAUUUUCAAAUAUAAUGUCGAAAAUUAUCAUUGGAGAUAUGCCAAAAAGAGUCAUUGGAGAUAUGUCGGAAAUGACGGUUUUUGGCAUAUCUCCAAUGAUACGGUUUUUGGCAUAUCUCCAAUGAUAAUUUCUGACAUUAUAUUUGAAAUGAAUGUUGAUAAAAAAAUUCAUUUUCAAAUGAAUUUGAUCUUAUUUAUUUUUUGAAUUUUUUGUUAUUUUUUAUUUAAUUUUUUAAAUCUUUAUUUAUUUUCUCAUUUUUUAAAUUUAUGAGUUUUUUGUUAAAUUUUUUGAUUUUUAUUAAUUUUUUGUUUAUUUUAUUAAUUAAAUAAUUAUAUUUUGAAAAAAAAAAACUGUUUUUAACCUGUUUAGCCGGUCAUUUUUCUUCUUUGGAGGUUUUUUAUGAUAAAAAUUUCACUUUGAAGGUAAAAGUGUUAGUGAAAAAACUUAAAGGUUUAAAGUGCUAAUAAGUGACAUUUUCAAGGUUUUUUAUGCGAUUUUCCCUAUAUAUAUUUAUAGUUAGUUAAUUAGUACACAUCAUGUCUUUUUUUUUUUUUGCUAAAUUAGUACACAUCAUGUCACUGCACACAAAGAAAAUAGCUUUAUUUCUGAGUGAUGAUUCGUCACUAAGGCUUUGAAUGGUAACUAGUUUUCCGCCUCGUCAUGCAGUUAACAGUAACAAAAAUCUCUAUAAAUACUCUAUAUUUAUACAUUUUUCUAACUGUUAGAACCCCACCGCAAUUAAACCACUUGUCCAGCACCGCUCAACCCGCAGUCACCGUUUGGAGCCUAAAUAGCAGUGUUUUAGUGAUGGAUUUUUUUUGACUAAUUUUUAGUGAGGGAUUUGCAAGCGAAUUAUUUAGUAAUUAAGAAAAAUGUUUCACUAACAAUAUGCACCAGUGUUUAUGACCAUCCACCAGAUGGAUUUGGUCAAUAGAUCACAUCAAUAGAUCCAUGCUCCAGAAUUCAACUUCCCAAAAGUUGCAACAACCGAAUAAUAAAAAACUAAUUGUGCGUUAUAUAACAUUUAUACAUAGGGCAUUUUCAAUAUUCAGUCUUCUUUUACCUCACCUUCUUGUUUUUGGUCGGGAAGAACAUGAACCGAAACUUUGAUAAUAUUGGAUAAAUAAUAUUACUUCCAUGUUUUAAAAAUGUAUAAUUUGAAGUUUUCAUACAUAUUAAAACUAUCUUAAAUUUUGAUUAUAAAUUAUUAUUUUUAAUAUUAUCUAUUUUUAUUUUUAUAAUUUUUAACCAAUCAGAAUUUAAUAAAUACAGUUAAUUUUUUUUUAGGGUUUACAAUAUAUCACUAUUAUCUAAAAUAAUGAUGAUAUGUUUUUGAAAUAUUUUUUUUAGAAAUUAUUAAAUAAUUUCGAAACCAAGAGGUUACUAAUAAAGAAUCUAUGAAGUGACAGUAUACUGAACGAUUUCUCCAUCGAACCCUUUAUUACAGAAGCUUGAUGUUUUGUAAAGCACUAAGGAAUUUUUCUUUUUUACUAAGAAUGAAAAAGAUAAAGUAUACAGCGAGGAGGAUAAUAUACGUUUUUUAUAAAUAUGUCAUAUAAACCUAGUUAAUAUUAUGAUCUGGAUAAACAAAGUUGAAGUUGAAUAAAAAAAAUCAUAAUAAUAAAAAUGUGAAUAAACAUCAUUUGUUUUCAUUAUUUGUCUGUGUUUGCAUGUUAUUAUUUUAAUAAACAUGUCAUAUAUAUAAACUUAGUUGGGAAUAUUGUGCUAUACCUGUUGUGAUAUUUUAUUUAUAUGUAUAUCGAAAGAAGAAAAAAUCAUAGAGGACAGACAACGACUUGUUUUAUAAAUAACCAUAUCUACUAAUCUUAAUUUAUCGAUACCAAAAGUUAAGACGCAACUGCUAAUCUCUUUCCAUUUUCUUUUGUCAACCAACUACUAAUCUCUUUAGACUUUGGAGACAACGACGAAUACUUUAAUUUAAUUUACGUGUAAAACAUUGAAAACGUCUACUAACAGAAAAUUUUGUGAAUUUUGAAACGUUCUCUUUUGGUCCCUCUCGGAAAGUUUUUAUGCGUUCUGCUUUUAUGAUUAAGGUAAGUCUAUAUAUAUAUUUUACACGCUAUAACCUAUAUAUAGCUCAUAUACUUCUUCCAUGGAGACUGAAGUCGUUAAACAUUAUCAAACGAAUGGACCCCACGAGAUGGAAAAUCCCAGCUAGUUUUAUUCAGUUAAUUUAUCCUCUAAACUUGUUCCACACUUGUGCAAAAUUUCAUUGGUUACAUACUAAUACAUUUUCAUUAUACUAGUCUAUUGCUUCUUGUAGUAUAUAAGUGAAAGAAAAUGUUUAAGAAAAGAUCAUAAAAGACCACAAACAACAUUAUAAGUUGAAAAAAUUAUACUAAAACAAUUAAGGUUUAAAAAUGGUUAGUAAAAGUUUGGUACAAUUCAUUGAAUCACAUAGAAACUGUACACUUUAAGGACGUGUCUUGAAUCAAAUUAAGUAAAAACGAGUAGAACCCUUUGAAUCCAUAAUGUAGCCGAGUAUAUAUAGAGAUAUUUGGUCCUCAUGCAACUUCAUUAAGACCAAAAAUAGAGACCCUCCUUUGAUCAACUUAUCUAGUAGUUACAACGUAAUUCACCUAAUUUUCUUACACACAUUUUACCACUAAAAUAUGGAUUCUUCUCGGAGCCUCGAAUACGUGCUCUCCAUGCAAGGCGGCGAUGAUGACGUCAGUUACGCCAAAAACAGCUACGGUCCGGCGGCAGCGUUAGCCUCGAGCAAAACAAUGCUGACGUCAGCCAUCGAUUCCAUAAAGCUCACCAAAGGAGGCUCAUCUCUCAUAAAGAUAGCAGAUUUAGGCUGCGCGGUCGGAGACAAUACGUUUUCCACGGUGGACACGGUGAUUGAGGCGUUAAGUCGGAAGGUAACUGUGUCUGACGGAAAAUCUGAUCAGCCGGAGCCGGAGUUAGAGGUAUUCUUCUCUGACUUGCCUUCGAACGACUUCAACACGUUGUUUCGAUCGUUGGAAGACAAAGUUAACAGCUCGAGCCACAAGUACUUCGCCGCUGGAGUUCCCGGCUCGUUCUAUGGGAGGCUGUUUCCGAAAGGAGAGCUACAUGUUGUCGUGACCACGAGCGCCUUACAAUGGCUCUCUCAGGUACCAGAAAAAGUGAUGGAGAAAGGAUCAAAGACAUGGAACAAGGGAAGGGCGUGGAUUCAAGGAGCAGAGGGAGAAGUUGUGGAGGCAUACGCGGAGCAGUCGGACAAGGACUUAGUCCAGUUCUUGAAAUGUCGGAAAGAAGAAAUUGUGGAAGGAGGAGUGUUAUUUAUGUUGAUGGGUGGUCGACCUUCUGGCUUAGUGAGCCAAGGUCUAAUAGAAGAGGAGAAAAGAGAUGGAUUCAACAUUCCGGUGUACCUGAGAAGCACAGAGGAGAUAGCGUCUGCGGUUGAUCGUUCUGGUGGUUUCAGGAUAGAGAAGAUGGAGGUACUGAAAAUAGCUGACCCCAUGAAUGCUAAACAGCAAGAGUUGAAAGAUCCCGAAUCUUACGGUUUAGCCAUGGCUAACUCGGUUCAAGCCGGUCUAAAGCCAAUGGUUGAGGCUUAUCUUGGUCCUGACCUGACCUGCAAACUCUUCAAGCAGUACGCAAUUCGAGCUGCUGCUAACAAAGAAUGUCUCAAGAAUAAUUCUUUCUAUUACAUGAUCGCUGUCUCAGCGAUUAGGGUUUGAUGUUAAUAUGUUAUCUAUGCACGUAGUAUAGUAUGGCUUGCCAAAAGAUUAUUUUAUAUCUACGGGUUACGACAUCGUUUAAUGCAUUCUGGUAUAAUUAUUAUUAGACUGAAAACACUGUAUUACAGAUAUUAUAGUACUUUUCCUUGAAAUCUUACAAUAUUUCCCCUACAUUUUGUGGUUUUGGUGAAUUUGAGAAAUAUCUCCUCCGUGAAACAAAGAAUGGUUCUUGAAACAAAACAUUUGUCUAAUACGUGAGAGAUGAGAAAAGAGAACCUCGUGACCACCAAUGACACUUUUUUACGUGACACUCGUUAAAACAAAAUAUACUUAUUUUUCACUCCAAACCUCCCUACCACCACCUCGAAUUCAUUCCUCUCACGCCACACAUCAGUACACAACCAUGGCUUCUCCUUCACCAUCAGUUUCAAAUCCUUAAGGAAAUACCCAAAAAACAAAACAAUGAAAGAUCUGUCUUUCUUCUUCCUCAAGAAACACUAUCUAGCGCGAGGAUGCAAGGACGAUGUCCUCGUGGUGGCUUUGCGAGCUCUUGUGGUGGUGAUGGCUCGACUUCCACACUAAACCAACAUCAAAACAUCGACGUGAUCAGACCAUCUGUCACACCUGAAAACACUCCUCUCGGUGGAGGGUCGCCGAGAACUCUAGAGGAUAUGAUACUUCAGCUAGAGGUUGAAGAAGAUGUAGGAAUUCUUACUGGUUUAUAACAAUUAAUAAAUCAACCUAUGAAUUCAGUUUGCCUAGAUCUUAUACAAAUACUUGAAUAAAUCUAGAUCUUAGACUCUCGAAUAUAACUGAAUGUUUUGAUGCGGAAAGAUAAACAAA